CCUGGAUUAAGAGAGUACGAUUCGAAUUAGGAAACUUUGACUCCAAAAUCUCGCUGAAGAGACGAACCUGUUUUCUUAGUAUCCGGCGCGGGGAACUAAGAACUCCGGUGAAUAGAGAAUGGGGAUGCAUUUAGCUGCUCUGUUUCUCGCCAUUAUCGUUUCACCACUCUGCGUUUUCUCAUCUGAAAUCCAGCCGAUCGGUGCUGAUCAGAACUUGGUGAAUGAUCUGGACGCAGCCAAGCUUAGAAUAUCUCAAUUGGCUGUUCUUGAGGCGACCAUACAGAAGGUGGAUGACAAGACCCUUUACUUGAAGGACCGUGAGAAGCUGAUCCAAGUUGCUCAAAGUCAGAUCCAAAGUUUACAGUCUGCUUCAUUCAGUGACGAGAGCGGCUUACCUUUCGUUCAAAAGAGGAUAAGUGAGUUGGAAGAAGAGGUUAAAAAACUAUGGGCUGCCUUGAGAACAACCAACUUCGAGCUUCACGUUUUAGAGGAUAAAGCUAGAGAUGCAGAGGGUAAAGUUAAAGCUAAGGCUUUGGAAGUUAAACAGAUGGUAGAAGUUGUUACGGAGCAGUGGAUUCAGGUUCAGCAUCUUGAGCAGAUGAGAGAAUUCAACAACCGAAGGCAUCACACACCUAGCAAAUGCCCGUUCGUGAAGCUUAUGAGCGACAUCCAAAGACAUCUGCCCAAUGUUCAUGAGUCAUUUGACAUUCACUGGAAGGGAAAGAAGGUUCUCUCUGUGCAACCAUAUCUCACACAAGCACAGUCACGGUUAGAAAGCCUCUGGGCAGCUGUUACCAAAUAUCACCAUCAGUUACAAGGCUUCAUCAAGAAUGAGAUGGAAAAAACCGAGAUCACAGCAGCGGUUGCAAACAGAGAAGUGGUGUUUUUCAUGGCAUCUGCAGUGAUUACCAUCCCGGUGUUUGGAGCUUGGAUCUUACUCUCUUCCUAGUUCAGAUAGGUUUUGCCUCUUAUGGCUCAAAACAUUGUCUAGUUUUGUUAAGCUUGGAGGUGGUUCCUUACGGUCAAUUGCAUCCAUGAGCAAACCGAUAACCGGUUAAUAUCUGGUGUAAACCAGUUGUUAUUGGGUAAGGUGCACAGUUGUAUGUAUCCAAGAUUAAUUUUUGGGAGUAGAAAAGAAAAAACAUUGGGUUUUGUAAUUGAAGAAGAGACAAAACCAAAGAGAUGCAGACAAAGUCAGUCCUUGUUCGUUUGGUAAACCGUUAGUUGUCGAA